CGGCUACUGACGAGAUGCAUAUGACAAUCGCAUUUGAUUAAUCGCGCAGCCCUGCUCAGAGUUUCCCAUCUCAGGAUAUCCAACCCACAUGGCCCACGGCAGCGAUCAGUACGCAUCUCUAAACUGUCCCGAGGAGAAUGACGAAACCAGGAGUGAAGAGUUUGAGUCAGACCUUCACAACUGUUCCACAACCAUCCAACAUCCUCCACGGAUCGAGCAGCAUAACACCGUGAGCUACACUCAGCCCUCUCUGUCUGCAUUCUACACCCAUCAGACACCCUUCCCCAGCUGGGACGGUCCCGUCAGAGCGGGUUCACCCCACAGCCUGCCCUCCUUCCUCCCGUCUGCCAUGUACCACGUGCUUUCAGAGGACGGCUCGUUUUCGUCCAGUAGGCCUCACUCUCUUCCAGGCAGCUGUAGUCCGAGUCUGGAGAGUCUGGAGUAUCCUAGAUCCUUGCGCUCGUUUUCUCCAUCAGCGAGCAUGUACCACCAUCCCUCGUACCCCGACACUUACCUGCGGCCGCCGUGCCCCCCGCCACCUCACAUGAUUCCCCUCCAUCACUGCAGCUCCAGAGCCGGACAUCAGCCGCCCUACAGACCCUCAGGCCCGACGCAGUACAGACACAUGGACACACGCUUCUCUGAAAAUGGAAAUGCAUCUGUGAACUCCAGACAGGCCAGUCAGUGUGUCACACACCUGCCACAGGAACAGAGGAAAGUUUUUGUCACGUAUGAAGCCGACAGUGAAGAGCACUUGAAGGAGAUCAUUAAGUUCGUGUCUUUGCUGAGGAACAACGGCUUUGACACGCAUAUUGAUGUUUUCGAGCAGCAGCUGAACAGCAUCAGUAAGAUCGACUGCAUGGAGCGAUAUCUCAAUGAGAAAGAUUACCUGAUCAUCAUCAUCAUCAGCCUGAGGUAUUACGAGACCAUAUCAGGCAUGAAUAUGAGCGUGGAGGGCGACGAGAGAACCUCAAACACCGUGUAUAUCCACAAACAGCUGCAGAGUGAAUUCAUUCAGAACGGUUGCAGGAACUACAGGUUCAUUCCUAUUCUGUUCCCGGGGGCUAAAAAGUGUUACGUUCCCACCUGGCUGCAAAACACACACGUCUACAGCUGGCCGAAAGAUCGGGAUGAUAUCCUGCGCAGGUUAAUGCGUGUGGAGAAAUACAACCCUCCUCCCAUCGGCCCUCUGCCGACCAUCGUCUCCAUUCCUCUUUAGAGAUCACCUACUACUCGGCUAAUAACCGAGAACCAACACAAGCCACCAUUAACAUCUGCGUUUCCACUUAAUUGAUCAACUACUGAAAGUUAAACGAAUGGUUCAGCCAAAAAUGCUGAAAAUGUGCUCAUUCUAAAGACAAAACAUUGCUAAAAUACAAGUCCAUAAUCCAUAAUAACACCUCCUCCAGUGAAAAAGUGUAUCUUCUGUUGUCUCUCACAUUAAAAUCCAGCCACAUGUUUGUUUCGAACUGUUUUGGCCUGCGCAGAUUUCUCUCCUGAUUCAGACCAGACCACUUUUUCACUGGAGGAAGCGAUAUUAUAGAUUAUAGGCUCUUAAUUAGCAUCUGAAUGCUGGAUUUGUUUCAGCUUCUGUCUUCUCCAGAUGUUAACUGAUGGACUGGAUUACUUGUGGAUUAUUGUGAUGUUUUUAUCAGCUGUUUGGACACUCAUUCUGACGGCACCCAUUCACAUCCAUUGGAGAGCAAGUAUGCUGAAUUUCUCCAAAUCUGAUGAAGAAACAAACUCAUCUAGUGAGGUCAUGUGACAACAACGUUGCAUACAGUUUGAAAUGUUCAUCAUUUUCUGUAUACUUUUUGAGGAAAUUACUGUUUGAAGAAGCUUUUUACACUUUAAGUAUUUGUGAAUGGAAAAAGCAGAUCUGAUACAUUUGAGUUGAACUAUGACGUGUAAAAGUUACUGUAAAAAGAAACACAGUAGCAGAUUAUGCUCACUUAUAUUGAUAUUUUGGUACUUCAUCAGUCUUCUGCUUUGAAAACAUAAAUAUAUGCACAUUUAUUUAUAGUGUUACAGUUCUCAAUUUUUUAAUUUGUAAUAGUUUUUCCUGUGAAGAGAGAGUUUUCUAAGUUUUAUCUUUGAAACCAUAUAUAUUUUU